UGUGGGCCAACUGGAACCGGAUAUGCCAUCCUACAAACGAGUGGCUCUCUCUGCCUUGUCUCAACAAAGAAAUACACACGAAACAAACCCCAUCCAUGGCACCCACUGCACCCUCAACCUCGCCUCAACGACAAUGGCUAACUUAACAACCACCACUUCAAUCUCUUCUCUUUGGUACCACUCCCACUCCACUAAACCUAAUUCACUUCUUAAUCUCAAAUCCAAACUCCAGUCUUACCCAUCAUCGACAUCAAGAGCACCAACAACCUCAAUGGCUGCCACCACCGCCACAAAAGUAAUACCCUCAAUCAUCGUAGGCGGUGGCCGUGUCGGAAAAGCCCUACAACAGAUGGGCGCCGGCGAGGAUUUGCUCGUGAAGAGAGGCGAGCCAGUUCCGAUCGAUUUCCCAGGUCCAAUACUGGUGUGCACUAGGAACGAUGAUCUAGACGCUGUUCUUCAAUCCACUCCUCAAUCCCGUUGGAACGAUUUGGUGUUUUUCCAGAACGGGAUGCUGGAGCCAUGGUUCGAAAGUAAAGGUCUAGGUGAUGCUGAUCAAGUGUUGGCGUAUUUUGCUGUUGCGAAGCUUGGUGAGCCUCCUAUUGAUGGUAUUACUGAUACGAAUCCCGAGGGGUUGACUGCUGCAUUUGGGAAAUGGGGUUCUGCUGUCGCUGAUAGGUUACGCGCUGGAGGUCUUUCUUGCAAGGUACUUGAGAAAGAACCAUUUCAGAAGCAAAUGCUAGAGAAGCUUAUAUGGAUAUCGGCAUUCAUGCUUGUUGGAGCUCGUCAUCCAGGAGCCACUGUGGGCGCUGUAGAAAAGGACUUCCGUUCUGAGGUAGGUAGCCUCAUAAGUGAACUGGCAUCUGCAGCAGCCACAGAGAAAGGCAUUGUGUUUGAAGAAGGGGUCGAGGAAAGGUUAUGUGCUUAUGCUCGAGCAGUUUCACACUUCCCUACAGCAGUGAAAGAGUUCAAAUGGAGAAACGGGUGGUUCUAUUCACUCUCAGAGAAGGCAAUCGCGCAAGGGAAGCAAGAUCCGUGUCCUUUGCACACCGCAUGGCUUAAAGAACUAAAUAUCGUUCAGUAACUUAUGUGUAAUUGUGUACCCGAGUGUUUCAGACAACUCUUUAUAUUAAAUAAUCGCACAUUUCUAUUCAUGAAAUCGAUCAUUGUAACAAAUAUAAAACUAAUAGAAUUAGAUACAUUAUCACCA